CUCUCUCCAUCUAUGCUGUUUUCUGUGGUAUACAAUGUGCUGUUCACAAUAGCUAUGCAGACAUAUGGAUUUCUCGUAGUCCAGCAGCAGCCAUGGUACAGCAGCACUGAUAUUUACAGCGCCUGUGAGCCAGGAAGAUCGAGCCUGAAUCAUACCUACGAACCAAUCCCGAGGACAUCAAAGAUUAACUACCCAAGCUUUGAGAACUCGACACUGUGGCUGCUCACUGCUGUACAUUUUGUGAUCUUGGCCUUUGUGUUUUCUAAGGGGAAACCCUUCCGACAACCACUGUAUACAAAUUAUAUUUUUGUGGCAACACUAAUAGUAGAGUUUACGCUUACCUUGUUCUUCAUAUUUGCUAACUUCAAGAACAUGUAUGUUGUUUUGGAGCUUGUCUGCACACCCACAAGCUGGAGGAUCCACAUGUUAGUAAUGCUCGUUAUAUGUCUCGUUGUCUCAUUUACGGUAGAGGAAUUCAUUCUAGACAACAGAGCUCUAUGGUUGGCGUUGAAGAGAUGUCUCAAGUUAAAACCUAGUAGCAAUUAUAAGAAAUUAAGGGCAGUUUUAGAAGAGAACAAACAGUGGCCACCUAUUGGAUCUACAAUUUAUGCAAAGAGCACAAUGGCCGAUGGAGAUUCCAAUGCGUACUCCAAUCCUGCAUUUCAAAGUGACAAACUUUAGAAUGGAAAUAAUGACAUAGAGAUGUGCAAGAAGUGCAAAUGAAAUUUUAGUUACCUCACAUGAAGCCGGCAUUAUAGACGCAGCAGAAAAGCCAAAGUGUAAUUGGUACUUCUUUAAGGAAGCAUUAUUGCCACUGACGGUUGUCAUGCUUUUAAAGGUUUUUUAGCAGAUGUGUGUCUGAUUUUGUAAUGUUGGGACC